AGCAACCUUAGUUUUUCCCAUCAUAAUAAAAAUCAUCUUACACUAUAUCAAUCCCACUUCUUUCCUCUCUUUUGUGCUCCCAAACCGAACAAAACACUCACAAACCCAAUUAACUCAUCUUUCUCCCAUCUCUCAUCUCUUCUUCUCUCUCAUAUCAAAAACCUAUAAAAACUCUCGAGACAGAUGCAGACAAAGCUGAUCAUAACUCUCAGUUCUUCCUUCAAAUCCCAAGCCUUUGUCUCUUCAUCAUUUUAAGAGAUAAAAUCAUUGCAGAAAAAUAUAAAACAACCGUCAGGUUCUGCCAAAAUGAUGAGACCGAUCUUAGACCUCGAGAUUGAAGCUUCAUCGAAACAUGAUCAUUCAGACAGUACCAGUAGCCAAGUUGCCUCGAACUUGUCUCCCGUUGGAAACGAUUACAAGCCCAUCUCUCUGGAUCUUAGCCUCUGUUUCAAUAACAACAACAACAACAACAACAACUUGGAUCUUGAAUCAUCUUCUUUGACGCUGCCAAUUUCGAGCACCAGCGAAAUUAGCAAUCCGGAGCAACAACAACCAUCAGUAUCGAAGAGGGUUUUCUCUUGCAACUAUUGUCAACGGAAGUUUUACAGCUCUCAGGCUCUUGGCGGUCACCAAAACGCUCAUAAACGCGAGAGAACGCUUGCCAAACGCGCUAUGCGUAUGGGUCUCGCUGGAGUUUUCCCUGGCAGAGGAUCUAGUAGCUCCUACGCCGCUGCUGCCACAGCAGCUGCUCUCUCGUGCCUCCCGCUGCAUGGAAGCGGAAACGGUAACAUGACGUCGUUCAGGACUUUGGGAAUCAGAGCGCAUGCCUCCCCCCACGACCUCGGCAUUACAAGGCCAACACAAGAAACAAUCAUUAGAAACAUUGCCAGGUUUAACCAGGGGUAUUUCAGUAAUUUCGUACCUUUUCUCGUUGAGGACGACGAGGCCGAGCUGCUAUGGCCGGGGAGCUUCAGGCAACGGGCGGAUGUGGUUGCGGCUGCGGCUGAAGCAGGUAAUGGUGAUUUAGGUGAACGAAAAAUGGAUUACUUGGAGGUCAAACAUGCAGUGGACAUGAAGAGUUCUCUUCCAGAUCUAACCUUGAAGCUUUGAGCUAUCUUCCUUUUUCCUCUUUUUGAAUUUGGAUUCUUAAUUUGCUUUUGCGAGAUUUAUAAGUCUAUUAUGUACAGUGAGCGUUUUACAAACCAUUUCUAAUAUGUUUUCGCUAUGUGGUCACUUUCAAUUGAUGGACUUAUAAGGCAAUUCUAGUGUUUGCUUAUGUGUAUUAACGAAAGGGGAUAUGUAUUUGAUAUAAAGUAUGUAAGUGUGCACUUGUGAAUAA